UCGAUUUGACGCUGUUGUUCCAUCUCGCCUUACUUUCUGGCUCAUUUCGCAUCCUACUUCCCUAAGCACUCUCUCUUCUGCCAGCUCUCCUUUCUUCGCAUGCUCUCGUUGCUCCGGCUCCAUUAUCGGAGCCCCAGCUCAAUAUAGAACCCUUAAUAAUUUACAUUAUUAUCUUUUUGUUUCUCCACUUUUCUGUGCUUUCAGAUCUUGAAUUCAACAAAAAUGUCGAAACCAUGGGGCCGUGCCGGAGAUUGGGCCGCAGAGGCCGAGCGCGCCGAGGCCGAAGAGCGCGAGGCAGCCGCAGCAGCUGCCGCUACAGGAUCCCAGAACUUCCCCAGCCUGAAGGAGGCCGUGAAUGCGAAGCCUAAGAAGAAGAAAAUGUCUCUGUCGGAGUUUAACAGUUUUUCCAGUGCCGCGGGUGGUGGUAUCGCCACCGAAUAUAAGGGCCUCACGCCUGAUGAGAUGCUCCGGCUCCCAACCGGCCCCAAGGAUCGUUCCACCGAUGAAAUGCCGUAUAAUCGUGGAUUCUCCUCUUUUGGCCGUUCUGGUCCGCCGCAAGGACGUAUGCGAGACCGUGACGACAAUGAUGGUUCUUGGGGUGGAGGAAGAAGAUCCUAUGGCGGAUUUGAUGAAGAACGUAGGGGGCCCACUUCUAGGGUUUCGGACUACGAUCAGCCAUCCAGGGCAGACGAGGUUGACAACUGGGCGUCGGUUAAAAAAUCUCUUCCGUCGUUUGAUUCAGGACGGCAAAAUCGGUAUGGUUCGCUUGGUGGUGGUUCCAGGGCCGAUGAGAAGGAUAACUGGUCAGUUGGUAAAACGCCUCUUCGCGCUAGAUCUUCCACAUUCGGUACUGGGUUUCGUGAUUCGGGUAUGGAGCCUGACCACUGGACAAGGGGACCAUCGCGUGAUAGCGAGAGGGAGCGUCGCAGAUUGAUAUUGGACCCGCCGAAAGGCAAUGCCCCUGUUAAUGAACCAGUUAAGACAAAUAAGACAAAUCCAUUUGGCGCAGCUAAGCCCAGGGAAGAAGUUUUGGCUGAGAAGGGUGUGGAUUGGAAGAAGGUGGACUUUGAAAUUGAAGCUAAGAAGACAAGUAGGCCUUCAAGUUCACACUCUAUUAGGCCAUCCAGUUCUCAAUCCAGUCGUUCUGAGGAUACAGGGUUGCAGGAGACAGAAAAUAUGGUAAAACCCAGACCAAAGGUGAAUCCCUUUGGGGAUGCAAAACCCCGAGAACUAUUGCUGCAGGAGCGAGGUAAAGAUUGGCGGAAGAUUGAUCUUGAAUUGGAGCAUCGCGGUGUUGACAGGCCAGAAACUAGGGAGGAAAAGUUAUUGAAAGAAGAAAUUGAUAAUUUGAAGAAGCUUGAUAAACAGUCAACAGUAAAUUCAAGUAAGGAAUCUGUGGAAGAGGUUGGUGGAGACCAAACCAGCUUACAAGAAAUUUUACUUCAGAAGGAAAGGGAGCUGGAAUCUCUUAUUCGUGAUCUGGAUGACAAAGUUCGUUUUGGGCAAAAAGCUAUUGAAAGGCCAGGUUCUGGAGCAGGAAGGCCAGGUUCCAGUGUGGGAAGGCCGGGUUCUGGAGCAGGAAGGCCGGGUUCUGGAGUAGGAAGGGCUGCUGGUUUUCCUGAUAGGCCACAUUCUCAGUCUGGCUCGUUUGAGGAUUCUAGGAGUCUGGAGUUCACAGACAGACCUCCAUCCCGAGGCACAGGAGAUGUGUGGACACGGCCUGAUGACAGAAGACCAUUUCAAGGUGCCAGGGACAGAGGGUUUCCAAAUAGCAGAGUCUUGGAUAGGUCAAGAUCAAGAGAGAGAUGGUGACCAACGGGUUGUGAGGAGUAAGAGUUAUCUUUCAACUUUUGAUGACCAGCCUAAUACUAUUUUGUCCUCUUAUUUCUCUUGUCAGAUAGUUUUGUUUCAUUUUGCUCCUGGAAUCGGAGCGAGAAUCAUUGAUUACGGGCGCAAGAACUUUUGCCUCUGUUAAGGGUACAUCUUGAAACAGCGUAAAUUUGUUUCCAUGUAAUUUUUUUGGGUGUCUGGUGGAAUGCAGGGAGCCUGUAAUUUUAUUAGGAGUAAUUGGUUAAAUUUUUAUUGAAGAUCAUGAAACUUGGCAAUGAACGUGAUAUUGCCCAAAGUCUAUACUGUGAUCUUGUAUGAUGUCUACUAUACCUUCCAGUUUGACUGACGCUUUGGCAUAGGUUGCAAUUCUGCAAUUUUUCCCCGAUUUCUGAAGGACCUGAUGCUGAUGGUGUUAUUAUUACCAUUAUCCGAAGAACUUUCAUGUUUGAAUUCUACAAGGAACGGGUUGAAGGAAUAAAUUGUAAUUUCAACCGA